AGCGUCCGUUAAUGAAGCGACAGCUUGCUUGCUUGCUGCAAACAAACUGCCCUUGUUUUAACACUUCUCCCCGCGCUCUGUUAUUAACCACCGAAUCCUCCGCGUUCGGUUCCUCAAUCAAACCCAUUAACGGGAAGGAGCCCCCGCAACCGGACCUGGGUUCUUAUCCAAAAAAAAACAGCCAUCUCCUCGGAGCGUGGGCCGUCGCAUCACAGACUCACAGCGGCGGUUGGAGUGGAAUCAGGCCCACAAAAUUUCUCGGAUCUUUCCGUAUAUUAACCUCCUCUUGUGAUGGGAUCAGAUUUUGUUUCUUUAGGUAGCGCCGAGGCUGGCGGAGGAGGAUCCCGUCACCUCUUUGUUGUUGGGAGGCAGAGAACCGGAUUCGAUGGCGGAGGCGACGGCGACGGAGGAUGUUGGGGGGGAGAAAGGAUCGCGGAUCGAAGCAGCUGAUGAGACUGCUCAUCAGAUUAGUCACGACCCUUGGUAUCAAGUUGGAUUUGUGCUGACUACUGGGAUAAACAGUGCAUAUGUAUUGGGAUACUCUGGAUCCGUUAUGGUUCCUUUAGGAUGGGUAGCAGGUGUUGUUGGUUUAGUUUUGGCAGCUGCAAUAUCCCUUUAUGCAAACACACUUGUUUCACAUCUUCAUGAGAUUGGUGGUAAACGGCACAUCCGAUAUAGAGAUCUCGCUGGUCAUAUCUACGGAAGAAAGAUGUACGCACUUACAUGGGGUUUGCAAUAUGUGAACUUGUUUAUGAUUAAUACGGGUUACAUUAUUUUGGCUGGACAGGCAUUAAAGGCAAUAUAUGUGCUUUACAGGGAUGAUGACGCAUUGAAGCUUCCAUAUUGUAUUGCUAUUGCUGGGCUUGUUUGUGCUUUGUUUGCUUUUGGGAUACCUCACCUAUCGGCACUGAGGCUUUGGUUGGGGUUCUCAACAUUCUUUAGUCUCGUGUAUAUUAUUAUAGCAUUUGUGCUCUCUCUCAAGGAUGGAGUAAAUCAACCCCCUCGAGGUUAUAAUAUACCAGGACCUCAUACGAGUAAGAUCUUCAGUACGAUUGGUGCAGUGGCGAGUCUAGUUUUUGCUUACAAUACAGGAAUGCUGCCAGAAAUACAGGCCACAGUAAAACCACCUGUCAUUAGGAACAUGGACAAAGCACUUUGGUUUCAAUUCACUGUUGGUGUCUUGCCAUUAUAUGCCGUCACUUUUGUGGGUUAUUGGGCGUAUGGCUCCUCAACAUCAACUUAUCUCCUCAACAGCGUAAAUGGCCCAGUUUGGGUCAAGACAAUGGCCAAUGCUGCAGCCUUCUUGCAGACUGUUAUUGCUUUGCAUAUAUUUGCAAGCCCAAUGUAUGAAUACUUGGAUACACAGUAUGGGAGAGGAAAAGGCAAUGCUUUCUCCUUCCACAACGUAUCAUUUAGGGUUCUUGUAAGAGGAGGCUACCUCACCGUAAAUACUUUUGUAGCUGCUUUGCUGCCAUUUCUUGGAGACUUCAUGAGCCUUACUGGAGCUUUGAGCACGUUCCCUCUUACUUUUGUUCUUGCAAAUCACAUGUAUCUAAAGGCAAAGAAGAACAAGCUUUCAGCAACGCAGAAAACUUGGCAUUGGCUAAACGUUGUGGGCUUCAGCUGCUUGGCUAUAGCAGCUGCAAUUGCAGCAAUAAGACUCAUUGUAGUUGAUUCUAGAACAUAUCAUUUGUUCGCUGACUUAUGAGGUCCUGGAUGAAAGAUAAGUUUCUUUUCUAGUAAUAUAUGACCUUCGUAUCAGAUUAAUCUGUUGUUCCUCUUCCUACCUCCGUAACUGUUCAUUUAAGAACAAUUGUCAACUAGAAUGUGGCAUACUGAUAGUUCAUCGAUUGAUUAUUUGUACAAAUAUACCGAUUGAUUGUACUUCUUGCAGUAAAAUUUUGUCGCAUUCAUGUCAUUUCA